AUGCCCUUGUCUGUUCGGGACUACUCGUGGACACAGACGGAAUCGUGUGUUUACGUACAGGUGCCUUUAAAGGGAGCGAAGCCGGAGAAGGUUGACGUACUGUCUACGGACGAAUAUAUGAAGAUCCAUUUCCCACCAUUUCUUUUUGAAGUGUUCCUGUAUGAGCCUGUGAACGAUGACAAAAGCACCGCAAAGAUUGGAAAUGGGGUUGCAGCUGUUACCCUGCCCAAGAAGACGAACGGGUUGUGGGCCCAUCUCAUGAUAAGUAACAUUUCAGAUGAUAAAGACAAGAUGAAAGAAAUCAGAGAGCGAGCUCUUCUAAAAUACAAGGAAAAGAUGGCCGUACAGUCAAAAGCCAUGUCUGUAAAAAGACAAGAAGAAAAAAAGUAUGCGCUGCAGACGAUGAUGAAGCUUGAGCAGGAAGAAAGGGACCUGAUUCAGAAAAUGAAGGAUGAUGAACGAGAGAAAGCAGCAGCCGAGCUGGAGGCAUGGAAACUGAAGCAGAGACAAAUAGCAGAGGAAGAAGCCCAACUGAAACAGCAAAGUCAGAGAACUAAGCCGGAUGACAUGAAAACAAAAAAAAAGAUGCCUGUGCGUGGGUUUUCAGGUGGAAGUGAAGUCAAACCUGGUAACAAGAAAAAACAGGUGGAGUUGCCUGCACCGAGAUCCCAGGGCAACAUUCAAGUCAAAUUUACCCCAAGAGUGUUCCCCACAGCCCUCAGGGAAUCACGAGUGCCAGAGGAGGAAGAGUGGCUUAGGAAGCAGGCUGAAGCAAGACGUGCAGUAAAUGCAGACCUUGAAGAGCUGAAUGACCUAAAGGAGGAGGAGAGGAACCCUGACUGGUUGAAGGAGAAGGGAGACAAAUGUUUUGCAAAUGGCAACUACCUGGGUGCAGUGAAUGCCUACAACCUUGCAGUAAAGCUAAACAGAAAGAUUCCAGCUGUAUUUUCAAACAGGGCUGCCUGUCAUCUGAAAUUAAGAAAUUUUCACAGAGCUAUUGAGGAUUCUUCUCAGGCACUUGAUUUGUUGACACCACCAGUUGCUGACAAUGCAUCUGCCAGAGCGAAAGCACAUGUACGACGAGGCACUGCUUUCUGUGAACUGGAACUAUAUACAGAAGGUCUUCAAGAUUAUCAAGCUGCUUUAGUGAUUGUGCCACAAAAUGAAUCGCUGCAGGCAGAUACUCAAAGGAUAAGAGAACUUAUUCAAGGGAGUGCAACAAGCCGCAACAAGCCCUGAUAAAUAGUAAAGAAAAUUAAACAAAAAAACAGAAAAAUAAUAAUUUGUAUCAUCAGUCUGUAGAUUUCAGUUACACAAGGACUGAAUAAAAAAAUAGCUUAAGCAAAGCCUUUCACAUGUAUAAUUUAGAUAUGCCUGUUUCUCAAAUGUGCACUGAAAUGUUAGUAUGAUCAAUAAAUUGUGAU